AUGUCGGAUACCUCAUAUUUGGGAGGCGCUGGCCUACCGGAUGUCAAUCAAGGAUGGCGCAUUCUCCUAGCGACGGGCAUUACAACAUUCGUGGCAUUAAUACUCGUGCUGGCGCGGUUCUACGUGCGCAUUUUCAUUAUUCGCAAUGUCGGAUGGGACGACUAUACGAUGGCCUUGACUAUGCUCCUGUCCUUGUGCGGAUUUGCGAUCAUUGUCCCAGAGGUACAGUACGGUGCAGGUAGACAUACGGUUUAUGUGGAACAUACCGCAUCCAAAGCAAUGCAUUUAAAUUUUGCGACACAGGCCAUUUACCUCUGGGCCAUUGGCUUGGUUAAGGUAUCAAUUGGAUUGUUUCUGCUUCGUUUCGCGCCCCAGAAAGGAUACAAGAUCUUUAUAUGGGUGGUUAUCGUCCUCAUGACGCUAUAUACCGCGAUUUGCUUCUUGACCCUCAUGUUUGAAUGCAAGGACAUCCGGACAAAUUGGGACAAAAAUGUGGUCUCGGAGUGCUUCUCUUCUAGACAACUUCUGAUACUGAGCUAUACCAACACUGCGUUAAACAUCCUAACUGAUUUGAUCUUCGCCUUUUUGCCAAUAUUUAUGCUGCGUCAUCUUCAAGUCAACCGCCGAGUCAAGGCUUCUCUGGUUUGUAUUUUAGGUUUGGGAAUUUUUGCCUGCGCUGCCGCCUUCGUCAAGAUCUCCAUCUUACCCAACUACGGCCGUAACGGGGAUUUCCUCUGGGAUUAUACGAACCUCACAAUCUGGGUCGUUACUGAAUGCAAUACUGGCAUAAUGGCAGGCAGUCUCCCAACUCUAAAACCGCUCUUCAAACGGGUCCUCGGCACAUACGGUUCCCGAUCAAAAACAACACGCGAAUACCACGGCAGCAAGCAGUACAAGUUACGAUCGAUGUCGAGAUCCCGCGGCGAACAAUUACACUCCCAUGGCCACCUCACCGGCAAUCUCAGUGUCAUCGAACAUGAUGACGAUAUCAAAAUUCCUACAUCGAAUAUUCCCUCUGGUAAUACUUCAUUGACCCGCGAAGGGAGCAAUUCUAGCAAGGAGCGGAUUUUGGGAGAUGGGAUCGUUUGCACGACUGAGGUUAUGGUUUCGCAUUCGCAGAAAAAUUCGCCGACACUGCCGCCGGCUCCGAGUCCAACGAGGUUAGGGAGAAUGAAAUCACUUAAGGGAUUCCGGGUUGAGGCUGAUGAUCGGGUUUGA